AUGCAGCGCCCGGGACCCUUCAGCACCCUCUACGGGCGGGUCCUGGCCCCACUGCCCGGGCGGGCCGGAGGCGCGGCCUCAGGUGGAGGCGGCAACAGUUGGGCCACUCCGGGCUCACACGUGCACUUGCCUGGGCGCGCGCAAUCUAGCUCCUGCGGAGGUACGGGCAGCACGAACGUGGGUGACAGCCGCGUUUUAUCGGUUCCCUCCACAAUGUCCAAGGCCGAAGAGGCCAAAAAACUAGCGGGCCGCGCGGCGGUGGAGAAUCACGUGAAGGAUAACCAAGUGCUGGGGAUUGGAAGCGGUUCCACAAUUGUCCAUGCUGUGCAGCGAAUAGCCGAGAGAGUGAAACAAGAGAAUCUGAACCUCGUCUGCAUCCCCACUUCCUUCCAGGCCCGACAACUCAUCUUGCAAUAUGGCUUAACCCUUAGUGACUUGGAUCGACACCCAGAGAUUGACCUCGCCAUCGAUGGUGCUGAUGAAGUAGAUGCCGACCUCAAUCUCAUCAAGGGUGGUGGAGGCUGCCUGACCCAAGAGAAAAUUGUGGCUGGCUAUGCAAGUCGCUUCAUUGUAAUUGCUGAUUUCAGGAAGGAUUCAAAGAACCUUGGAGAUCAGUGGCAUAAGGGCAUCCCUAUUGAGGUCAUCCCAAUGGCCUAUGUCCCUGUGAGCCGCGCUGUGGCCCAGAAGUUUGGGGGUGUGGUUGAACUACGAAUGGCCGUCAACAAGGCUGGUCCUGUGGUGACGGAUAAUGGGAACUUCAUUCUGGACUGGAAGUUUGACCAGGUGCACAAAUGGAGUGAAGUGAACACCACAAUCAAAAUGAUCCCAGGUGUGGUGGACACUGGCUUGUUCAUCAACAUGGCCGAGAGGGUCUACUUUGGGAUGCAGGACGGCUCGGUGAGCAUGAGGGAGAAGCCUUUCUGCUGA